GAGAGAGAUAUGGGGGGACGCAAACACAGCGAGAGAGGCACCGGGGGAGGAGCGUUUGUUGCGCUUCUCAAAUUGCAAACAUUCGUCCGACUGAGCUCGGAUUGGUGGGUCUGGAUGAAGGAGUGACAAGAAACUGUCAGGCUGAGGGAGAAAACAACCCGAAUCAAGAUAGGAGAGGAACCAGUCCUGCGUUAGGUCGAGGAGUUGUGAGCCCGUUUAGAGUAACGUAGCUAUCCCUUUACUUCAGGAUAAUUUUAAGAUUAUUUUUUCAACACUUCGCAGACGCAACCAUGUCCUCGGAUUUACGCACGCGGAACAUUUUCUUUUUAAAUCGGAUAUUUGGGUUCGUCUCUGUUUUUCUGUGCGUUGCUGGAGCCAAGGAGCCCGUACCCCACAAUCCGCAAACGCUGGCCGUGUCCGUCCCACACCUCUACUACACCUGCCCCGAGGGCGCCACCGCCAAGCUGAUUUGUGCCCAGCGGGGGGCCAUUCUGCACGCCGACGACAUGCUCAAACACAACUGGCUGUACACGCCGCACGCCCAGCAGCACUGCCACGUGUACGUGGGCCCGCGACACACCAUCCCGGGCCACCAGAACGACCAGCUCGGGGUCUACUUAGAUGAAGGGAAGCAGGACUUCUCGUUGACCCUGAAGAACGUCACUGCCAAGGACCAGGGCCGCUACUGCUGCGUUGCGGUGGAGACGACAAAACAACACCACAAGGCUGUGCAGAGGCACCACGGACACAUCGUGAUGCUCGUCACCCCAAGGGCAAACAUCAACACAUCUCAGGAAUGCACCAUGUGGGAUCCACAGCCGACUGAAAGCUCCGUGGCUGCCGCUCUGGCCACCACUGCCUGCAUUGUGGCACUCCUCUCUCUGCCGCUCAUCAUGCUUCUGGUCUACAAACAGAGGCAGCAUCACAGGUCCAGCAGACGUGCACACGAGCUGGUCCGAAUGGACAGUGAGGCCCAGGGCCAUGAGAACCCCGUGUUCCUUGGGGGAUCCCCUCAGCCCCAGACCCGGACCGUUUCUCAGAUCAUGACCCGGCAGUCGUCUGAGACGGGGCGCCACCUGCUGUCCGAGCCGGGAACCCCCUUAACCCCCCCUGUGCACGGAGACGUCUUCUUCCCAAUACACGAUGCCAUUCUGGAAUCCCCAGAAUUCUCGGGGCCCCUGUCCCACUGGACGCCAUGAGGCCCCGUGGAGCCCUUCCUCUUCCUCUGUCUGUUACCGGGGGCAAUGGUCGUCCUCUUCGUCACGUCUUCCAUUCCAUUCCAUUUCAUUCCAUCCCGCCCAUUGAGAGGGGUGUGUGUGUGUGUGUGUGUGUGUGUGUGUGUGUG